AUGGAUUGGUUAAUAAAACGAGGCGGUAUACCAAAGACAAUGUCGAAUUCGACCGCCUCUUCCUCAACAAAAACUAUGCUCUCGGAUAAUUCUACCGAAGACCCUAUCUUCAAGACUGUUGGUCUUGUUUUGGCGCUUUUAAGUGGUCUCUUCAUUGGAUCAUCUUUCAUAUUUAAAAAGAAAGGUCUUCUUCAAGCAAAUAAACCUGGGGCAACCGCCGGAGAAGGAUAUAGUUACCUGUCAAAUGGUUUAUGGUGGUUAGGCAUGUCAUUAAUGAUAAUUGGAGAGAUGUGUAACUUUAUAGCCUACGCAUUCACUCAAGCUAUAUUGGUCACACCUCUAGGCGCGCUUAGUGUAGUUAUCAGUGCUGUUCUUUCUUCGAUAUUUCUUGAAGAGCGACUCACCAUGCAAGGAAAAAUUGGCUGUGCUCAGUGCAUAUUCGGUGCUAUUAUUAUUUUGAUGCAUGCACCGGAUCAACAGACAGCUAAUACUAUUGAUGAAUUUGAGCAUCUAUUUAUUCAGCCUAUUUUUCUCACGUAUGCUGGUCUCGCAAUUCUCGGCAGCAUAAUAGUAAGGUGGAAAAUAGCACCGAAAUAUGGCUCAAAAAACAUGUUAGUCUAUAUCGGGAUCUGUUCACUGAUUGGCUCGUUAUCAGUCGUAGCUACUCAAGGUUUCGGACGCGCAAUCGUAACUUCAAUCAUGGGCGAAAACCAAUUCACACACUGGUUUCUGUAUUUCCUGGGCGGGUUUGUGAUCAUCACCCUACUGACACAACUCAAUUUUCUCAAUAAGGCUCUAAAUCUUUUCAACACUGCAAUGGUGACUCCCGUUUACUACGUCACGUUUACAAGUAUGACGAUGGUGAGCUCGGCUAUUCUGUUUCAGGGGUUCACAGCACCUCCAGUGAACAUCGUAUCAGUGGUUCUUGGAUUCUUUGUGAUCUGCAGUGGUAUAUUGCUGCUGCAAACUUCGAAAAGUGGUGUUGAUGUUCGAGGCUCAACAAUACAUCCCGAUCGUCGAAUUAGUAUGUCAAGUGAUGUGAGCCUUGAACCGGGUGGUCCCGGUCCCUUUGGUAGUUUCCGUCGGUACUCUAUGAAUCAUAAUGGACGAACACAUUCCUCACAUCAUUCAAAUGCGCCAAUUCGACGAAGUAUGAGCUUGAGUUAUAGUGGAUAUUCACGGCGAGGAUCCAGUAACGACAACAAUGACAACAUAUUAUCCAUUGUUGAUGAACAAGAUACAGCAACUUUAACGAGUAAUAAAGGCAUUCGUGGAACUAUUGAUACGACUGCUGCAGAGAUUAGUAUAGCAAUGGGUGAAAGUCCUUAUGAUAAAGAUGCUGUCGAAUUAUCAAACAAUCCUUCAAAAAACACCAAUAGCCAUGAUUCCUCACGACAUUCCACCGUAAGAUUCGCCGAAUCAAAUAAUGGACAAUCACCAACUCGCACAACUCCAUUUAUUCAUGCAACUGCACCAUCCAUCUCAUCGACAGUAACAACAUCACCGCCAAGUUCGCCGCAUUUAAUUCUUCCACCACCAUUAUCACC